GCUCUCGUCCUACCCUCGUCGUCAAAGCAAUAUAAGUGCCUGAAUCAGAAACUUCUUAACAAAUUUAUUAUUUUCUGUUUAAUAUAACUGUGCAAACACGGCAUGUGUGAUCAGAGUGGAUUAUUUGUCUUUCUUCGUCAUCUCGCCUCGCAAUAAUGAUGUAAGCAAUAAUUGGCGCACAUGAUCGACACGCCUUUGCAUGCUGCGUUGUUGGUAUCUCUGCGCUCCCCUUAAAAAAAGAAAUAUGCUUCUAUCUAGACAGGUGAAGACAACAUGGUAGUUGGUGCAGACAACCAUCUUGAAUUCCAUCAUCCUCAUACAUUAUUCUGAAGAAAACAUGGCCGGUGAGACGUCUUGCUGUAAACGUAUACCGAUCAAAAGGGAGGAUUUUGGACUAAAUUGGAAAGCCCCGCAAGAUUUCGCCAGAUCACAGUGGCCAAUUCCAGGUUGGUUCUACCAGAUAUACAGGAUCCUUUUUAUGGUGUACAUCGUCGUGUGGUUGACGAUAAAUACUGCCUGGCAAAUUGAGGGCAUCGGAGGCUUAUACCUCAUCUACCUCACUAACUGGUCUUUUAUUAUGUUGGCGUUUUAUGGAAUAGUGGCGGCACUUUCCUCAGUGUUCUUCUUCUGCAAGGGAAAGAAGAGACAGAGAACGACAACCGAUGCAUCCAGAAUGGAAGAUGGCGCCAUAAACCCAUCAUUUGUGGCAGAUCAGGAAAUACCGUCCGGUAACGAAUCACCAAAAACCAAUAGGCCUACGUCGAAGUCCGAAAGACAUCCAACACCGUCCGUCUCUGAAGAAUCUCCUACCAACCCUUGGUACUUCAAACUAACAUGGGUUCUUUUAAACAUCAACGUUGCUAUCGCUCCACUGGUAUCUAUCAUCUACUGGGCUCUCUUACAUGAUUACAGCAAUGACGACGACGACGACUCUCGCGAUCCACUCGGCGACGGAAUCAACGUGAAUGUACACGGCAUGAACAGCGUGCUGAUCUUGCUGGAUCUUUUCGUCUCGGCUUACCCGUUAAGAAUCGUUCACAUCAUCUACUGCAUCAUCUAUAGUCUUACGUACGCUCUGUUCUCCUUGAUCUUCUGGGCUGCUGGUGGCGUAGACCCAUACGGCAACAGAUACAUUUACCCUAUCCUAAACUGGGAAGACAUUCCCGGCUUGACCUGUGCCUACAUGUUGGGUCUUGCAGUAAUCUUGUUUGUAGUGCAUUGUGUGAUGUACGGACUAUAUAGAUUAAGAGCGUUCCUUGCAGGAAGAUGUUGCAUGUUAUCUCAGGACCGUGCAAAUGAUACUUUGCAACUCUAAGAGAUUCCUUCAUCCGAUUCCCACCUCAAAUCCCCUACAGUCAUAUUUUGUUUAAAAACAUCCAGCAAAGAAAAACCUUUUAAAUUGAUAACGUAAUUUAUUUACAAAGAUGGAUUCUUUUCUUGUGAAUUAAUAUGUACAUAAUAUUAAGUGUACCCUAUAACAUUUUAAAACCUGGUCACCCCGCCCAAACUAUGUUGGAGCGUCCCUUGAACGGUAUAGGGAGAGGGUGCCGAAUUUCGACAACGCUCGUCACCGCUCA